GCUCAGGACAUAAUGGAUAAUAAUCGUGUGUGAGCAAACAUAUCUCAUACUACAUUUCAUUUAACGCAUACAGACUCUACUCACAUUUAUGGAACAGGGAAGCGUUAACGUUAUAUUGAUUGAUUGAUACGUCGGUUAUUUUCAUCGAAAUCUGAAAUUUGUAAUGGAUGAAAUAGGAAAAGCAUCUUGGUUUAACCAUUUGAGCACAUUGCUGUUAGUAUGUUUCCUUACUAGAGGUUGUUUGGCCAGGGUAUAUACAGAAAAACAUGCAAUAGGAUGGUUUGGUGAGACGGUACGUCUCCCAUGUGAAUUCCCCUACACGGAUGUCCUUGCAUUGUACUGGACGAACAGCACUGGUGAAACAAAAGUAUCGUAUUUCAAAGGUGAACUUGUGAGCUUCGAUGAAAGGUUUCGUUUGAAUGGUGACUAUUCAGUCGAUAUCCUGAAUUUAACGGUGUCAGACGAAGGAGAAUACACUUGCACAUUAGAACUUGAUUCAGGAGAUGGUUACGUUAAUAGUUCUGAACUCACCAUCUACGCAUCUCCAUCAAUGCCUCAGGUAACACAUUGUGUCCCUCAGUCAACAAAUAACCCACACCAACAUCUGUGCAUCGUUGAAGCAGCCAACACAUAUCCCUUUAACCUGGAAUGUGUUGUCAGUGGCUUCAAACCCGAUGUAACGCUUGAAUGGACGUCAUCGGGUAAAGUGAAGCAGCCCCUUGGAAAUCCAUCCCGGAUGACAUUGCCCGAUGGUAGAUCUGAAGAGGAGGCGACCAUCACUGUGGCUGCUAAAGAAGACGAAGAACAGAAUUUCACCUGUACGGUAAGGGGCAAUGCAACCAAUGGCACUGACAUGUCAACAACCGUUACUGUGCUGGUUCCACCUCCGUCGACAGUGAUCGUUGAACCUAUGAGGAGUGGACUAUGGGUCGGAGGCAAGGUUGCGAUAUAUAUCUCUGUUAUACUGCUAUUGAUAGCCAUUGGAAUAGUCGCUUUAUUUGUGACUUUGCUGGUUCUAAGGAGGAAGAAAAAACUACCGCCCCUAGGUGAAGCAGUCUUGAAUGUCAUUCCUUGUCUGAGAUCAGUCUAUUCGAUGCCUGUACCAGAUCCAGAAGAAGUGAGAUUACAAAAUAUUAAGGAAGAAUUGGCUGAUCUACGUAAACGUUUACUGGACUUCAAAUUUAAGCGAGAUGGAUCCGAUGUGAAGUCUGCACACAUCGGCUUGUUUGGAGAAAUGGGUGCGGGAAAAUCGUCCUUCAUAAAUUCUCUUGAAUUUGCAUAUACAGGCAAAUAUAAAGAAAGUCAGGUGGUUGGUGACAAGGAAUCUGGUGGAGGAAAAACCACUGCACGCACUGUCCUAAAGCUCACUAAGAGCAUUCAUAUUUUCGACAACCGAGGCAUGGCCGACUUCCAGAAAGAUUACCUGACUGAAGUAACUGCUCAGCUUCGUGGAGAACGCGGGCCAGACAUAGAACAAAUCAAGGCAUGUGAACAGGAAGAAAUACAUUGUGCUGUAUUCGUGUACAAGAAGUCUCCAUUCAAUUGGCAAUACGGACUUGGAUUCAUUGGGGACUUCACCAAAGAGGUCAGGCAACACACUGGUCAUCCCCCAAUGAUCGUUAUUACCCAUGCAGCAUCGCUUACCGAAUCGGAAAGAUACGACAUCAAAACAGAACUUGCUACCCAAGAUGUAAAUGAGAACGUGUACUUUUUCGAAAAUUACACGAAAAACAAUUGCUUGGAAGAUGAAGAAAAAAGUAUUGAGUUGCUGAAUUUCCUUGAAGAUGCCCUCAGCAAUUCGGAAAGUAGGGUGGCGCAUACAGACAAAAAGAGAAAGGUAACGCAUAUGUGAAGCCGAAAGCCAAACAGACAGGAAGAACAGCCAUCGACAAGUAACUACGAGAGACCCAGUGCUGAUAUUGCUAAUGAAAACAAGUAGUCAAGUAGAACCCCAACAUAACCGUCAAGUUGGGCAUGACUGCGAUUUUUUUUGCUGGAAGUUGUAGUAUAGGGUGUCUACUCCAAGAAUCCUACGGGUGCCACCUGGGCACCCUUGGGCAUUUUUUCUAAUUGACGUCAUUCGCCACGCCCACUUUUUCACAUACCUCUUAUAUAUGAUUUUCAUAUUUUACGGAAUUAACAUGUCAUGUUUGGUAUGAAAUUAAGCUAAUGUAAAAUCAAAUGCAAAUAUAUGAAUUACUGGGCAUUUAAAUCACGAAUAGGUCAGUUAUGGGUCGUUUAAAGUCAUAAAAGGUCAAAUUGUCUUACAAAUAUAAUGCGGAACAUACCAUGGUUUAAAUACAAACAAGUUAGGUAUUAUAUGCAUUUCUUUGCAAAGGUUAAGUUUGAGAGUGUGAAUAUUAAGAAUCCGAUGGAUGCUACCUUGGCAUCUUGAGGAAUUUCAUUUUUCACACGUCAUAAACCACACCAACUCUUUCAGUUACAUUCCUCUUAAAUAUGACUUUUCUAUUUAGCGGAAUAAACAUAUCAUGUUUGAAAUCACAUUAAAUAAAAUGCAAAAUAAAAUCCACAUAAUAUGAAUCGCAACGCAUUUAAAACAUGCCCAGGGCAAUUAAAGGUCAUUUAAGGUCAUAAAAGGUCAAAUUGGGUCACAAAUGUAAGUAAUGCAGCAAAUAAUGUGAAAUAUAUCAUGUUUGGAAUACAAACAAUUGGGCAUUAUUUAUGUAGGUCUGUUUUUGGCUGAAAGUUAUGUUGAGGAUGUGCAGAUUAAGAAUCUGACGAAGCUCGGCUACUUUGGCAACCUUGGGCAACGUCAUUUUAUGACAUUAUAAUUAUAAACCACACUAUAUCCUUUUUACACAGGUCAACCUCUUAAUUAUGACUUAUCUAAUGUACAAAAUAAACAUAUCAUGUUUGGUAUCAAAUUAAAGCUGAUGGAAAAUGGACUUAACAUAGAGGUUACAACAAAAAUGAAGCACAUGUAAAGAUGACCUUUUGGGUCAUUUACACGCAUGAAAAGUUGAAGAUCGCUCGAGUUUCACAGGACUUUAUACAAAACGUUUAAUUUAUCAUUUUGUGUCAAAUCAUUCCAUGGGAUUCCAAAUAAUCUACACAAAUUUAACAUUUUACACCACGUCCUGUUAUAUUCCUCUCACAACUACCCUCUGUACCAUACUUCUUCGACCGGAUGCUCAUAGGAUUUUCCCCUUCACCAACAAUCUCAACUACAUGCCUCUGCCAGUUCUGUGUUACUUUGAUUCACACUAUGAACUAUGAAAUACGCGAUUCGACGGCCGACCAGCAACUGCAUUAAGAACAGGGUGACGCUGACAGUGUAUCGACAAGUACGGCGUAGGCUCAAUGUCCUGUUCCAAAUACUAUCAGCUAUCUUCUAAAGAUGUAAUGGCAGUAGAUGCAUGUAUAUUUUUUCUCUGACGACACUAACAUUUCUGUUCUACCAGUGUUCUCAUUUUGGGUUUACAAUUAAGUCUUUUGCAUACUGAUGGAAAAGUAAUUAACAUUAAAGGUAUCGCAUUGAAGUUUGGAGAAAAAUGCCAGCUUUGCACAGAUAAUUCCCUAAUCAGGUUGUAAUACUAUGUUGUGUCAAUUUGGCAAGGGAAAGUUUUCCACUAUAAACUUGCUGCUCGAAGAAGAUCUUAAUAUAUAGAGUCCGAUGCUGAAGAAGUGGACUGGAUCAAUUAAAGGUGAAAUAUUUAUACUACUAGUAUUCAUCUUUCUUAACUAAUAUAACACUUGUAAUGGUCUCUCUAAAAUUACUUAGUACUACUUCACAUUAUUUAGCAAGAAGACAGGUGCUUCAAAGAUCAUGAGCUUACCCCCAACUGACAAGUCAGCAAAAGAGCAUGAUUAUCAAAGGUGCUCUUCCUCAGGAGCUUGAUCUGGAGAGCAACUGAUCAGAAUGACUCCCCUGGAACUUGCCUCCCAUGUAUGGAUGGGAAGUAUAAGUUAGGAGGGCACUCCUGUACCUGUACAUAGCACAUUAGUUACUCCUAAGGAAUAUUUAUCAGAACUUGUUCCAUGUGGAUUUAAAUCGGGGCCACUAUGCUCUAGGGUAAGCACUUACCACUUAUCGUGUAUCAUAAUGUAAAUAACAUUGUGUCAUUCUAAAUGCAAGGAAAACUGAACAUGCAGUUGAGACUAAAGAGGGAAAAUCAGACUGGUAGAUGAAUGAGAGAACAAAAUGUAGUGGAGUUAGGAUGAUGUAAAAUGUCAAAUUUGUCUAAUUGGAUACUUGUCUAACAUGUGAAUUUGUUUUGAAGAAGUCUAAACCGGAAAUUGUUUGAAAUACAUUAUUUACAGUGUAUGAUUCUGUCCUUGAUUAUAAACUUAAAAAAACACUAUGCAGUUUUAUUUCAUGUAGGAAACUUGGUGAUAUGAUACCAAGCUUAUGUUACAUGUUUUGAUUAAAGUCUUGUUACAUUGCCUGACUCCGUUUGACCUACUAUUAAUAUUGAAUCGCGUAAUGCAGGCGAGACUGCCAGAGGCGAUCCACUUGUCUUGCAGUUCGUUCACAGUCAUGGUCAGCAAUAUGAAAUCAUAAAGUUUAUCAUAAUUAUAUAACAUGCAUCAGUAAAGUUAAUGGGCACCAAAUGCGGCAUUUAUUAUUGAUCAAUUUACAGACAAAUGAAAGCCAAGUAAAUAUAAAGAGAGACACUUGAAUGAAUAAUGAUGAUAUUAAUAUGCAACAUUUAUAUUGCGCUUAACAACAGAUACUGUUAAUAAUUGUAUUUUUCAAAGCAUUUCAUUAUUGCAAUUGCAAGUCUUAUAAAGGGUUUAGAAUAAACUUGAUAGAGAUGAUGAAGCCGUAUAAUUUAUGUAACUUUAUACUCAAGGAAACAGUUUGAGAGUCCAUGUAUGUGGCUUGUAACUAAAAUGAAUGCUUUUAGUUUUUUUAACUUGUCCGUCUGACAUUGAAACUUUCAUUGAUUUACAUAAGAAUUUGCAUGUUAUUAACAUGAUGGUUUAUACUCGUACAAGUCGCAAUUACCUUAAUUAAACUAAGAUUUUUUUUUAAGUAGGGGGUGGGAUAUAGAUGGAUGCUUUCAAAAUUUCGUGGGGGGGGGGGGAUUCCCCACUUUCCAUCCCCGCUGAAUGCGACCAUGGACGUCAUGUAUAAUAAUAAUAAUAAUGUAUAAUUGGUGGUGGUGGUGCUGCAUCGUAACUUUACACAUGCACUUAUAGAUACAAUGUCAAACUUUUUCUCCAAUUCUUAGUAUGUUUUCCGUGCUACCGCCAUGACCACCGCGUAUCAAACAAUAAGUUGUGUUGAUGGAUGCUUAUAUUAAGAGAUAUUUAAGUGUCUGGUGAUAUAUUACUACUUUUACCUUGAUCCAUAUAUUUUACAUGUACUUUAGUAGACUUAAUUACAAAAAAUCUGAUUUAUUUGACACUAUGUGUACUUUUAACAUUGGAUCUAUGUACUUUAGAAUGCUACAGCCACACUCUGGGGGCCCAUGCCGCCCAUCUUACAAAGAGUUGAUUGAUCCGAUCAAUCGCAAAUAUGGAAAGCCAGCAACGUAAACAUCUAAAAUACAUGUUUAUUCAAAAUAUUUUCUCAAUAGAAAUGACGUGUAUUCAUACAUUCACUGUUUUCUUGAAAAUUCAGUAUGCUUCUCUUUGCUUUGAAAGGACAUUGAGCAAAUUUCCUGAAGAAAGAAUUAUGACAUUGAUGGAUUUCCAUAAGAGAUUGAUCGCCUCAAUCGUAACUCUUUAAUAGUGUGUUAUAGCAGUGAACUAUGUUUUUGAUAAUUAUGUGCAGCUUGGCUUAAACUUCUUAAGUGGUGUAAUAAAGUUUCAAAUGCAAAGGA